AGGUGAUUUGCAAAAAUGUCCAUGUCGCCCACUCAAAAUCAACCACAGGACACGAAAAAAGUGGUACAUAAUAGGAUACCAAAUCCCUCGCCAAAUCCUAUAAAAACUUUUAAAAUCAUAGUUGUGGGUGAUUCAAAUGUUGGAAAGACGUCCUUAACGUACAGAUUUUGUGAUGGUAAAUUCAUCGAACGUACAGAAGCGACGAUCGGUGUCGGUAUAAAGGAGAGGACAUUAAAUAUCGAUGGUGAAGACCUUAAAUUGCAGUUGUGGGAUACGGCCGGUCAAGAACGUUUUAGGAAAUCCAUGGUACACCAAUUCUUUCGUAAUGCUCACGCAGUUGUGCUAGUGUACGAUGUAACAAAUAGAGCGUCUUUUGAUUCUUUAGUCUAUUGGCUUGACGAAUGUGAGCGUAAUUGCAUUACACAUGUACCUAGAAUACUUGUGGGUAAUAAAUGCGACGAAAAAAUAGAAAUUAAGACAAAUCUGGCGCAGAAGUUUGCGGAUCAACAUGGCAUGCUGCUAUUUGAAACGUCGGCACGAUUGGAUUCACGGUGUGACAGUGUGGAAGCUAUGUUUUUGACAUUAGCUCAAAAAUUGAAAAAUCAAAAACAACCAAUACCAUUUGAUGAGGGAAGACUACUACAAGCGCGACCAUCAAGUAAUGAUAAUAGCUGGAGUUGGAGUUGUUGUUGAAGAUGGUAAUUGUAUUGUACUGUAAAGUACCCUAUCCAAAUGUUUUAUAGACUUUAUUAUCUUUUGCUAUAUAAAAGUACUUAUAAUUGUGUAUAAGAAUAUAGUAAAAGAUUACUUAAUUUUUA